UAUACAGAGUGUGCAAAAUAAAUUCCAAUUACAUAACCCACAAAAGUGUGUAAUAAAUGCUAAUAAACAACACCCUCAUCUAAAAAAAUCAUCCCCUUUUAGGUGAAACUUUGUUGGUGUGCGGUGAACGAAUUAAGAUAAAUGGGUUGUUUUAGUGUGUGAAAUUGACGGGACAGAUAAUUGAAUUGAAAAAUAAUAUGAAAUAGAUGGAGUAAAAAUCAUCCAUCUUUUGAUUGACCCACCGUUAUUUUGUGUGUUUGUUGUUCGUUCUCGCUCUUUGUUAUCCUCGAAAAUAGAACAACGGUAGUGUGAGAUAGAUACAACAAUGGUGCAACAAUACAAUCGCAAAUAUUUUAGUGGUGUUUCAACACUUUUACUUUUUAUUGUGCAGCUGUUCUCACAAGUGACGGUUAUAUAUCCAGAAAAAACUAGUGGAUUACGGCUCAUAGAAAUGUCCGUACCAACAAUAGCAGAUCCGCGUGAGUCAAUGGAAAUUUCAUGUACUUUCGAUAUGGGCGGUGAAGAAUUAAAUUCGGUAAAAUGGUAUAAAGAUGAAGAAGAAUUCUUCCGUUUUAUGCCAUUGCAACAUCCACCAGUUUUAACAUUUCCGGUUGCUGGUGUACAUUUAGAUAAUCAUAUGCAUCAACAACAUUCAUCGCUAUCAUCAUCUGAAAUGAUUUAUGAUCAUCAAAGUGAUGAUCACCAUAUGAGUGGUAUUGCUGGGGGUGGCUUGGAUGAGAAUCAUGGUGUUGUACAAAGCUAUCAUGAUGGUAUACAAAAUAGUUGUACAACAUCGUAUUGUAAAGUGGUCUUACGGAAUUUAACGCGAAUACAUAGUAGUGGAGCGUAUAAGUGUGAAAUAUCUACGGAAGCGCCAACGUUUAAAGUGGUUUUUGGGACGACAAAUGUAACUGUAAUUGCAUUGCCUCGAGGAAAUCCACGUAUUGAGGGAUUAUCACCCUUCUAUACAGUUGGUGAUUUAAUAACAGCAAAUUGUACAUCAGGUCCUGCAGAUCCACCACCUACAUUAGAAUGGCAAUUAAAUGGUAAACCAUUGACAUCUCGUGCACUAGUUGGUCCUACCACAAUAUCAGAACAUGGCGAUGAACAUGGAUUAGUAAAUACCACAUUAGCAUUACAUAUGAUCGCUGAGAAACGUCAUUUUCUUGGACCUAAUCAUAUCAUGGAAAUACGUUGUAUAUCAACAAUACCAUUAUUAAUACCACAACAACAUGCAUUAGCACCACCACAAUAUACAUCUGUUACGAUAUCAUUGAAAGGUUCACAUGCACAACAUUUGAAUAAUCAAAAAUUGAUUAAAUGGCCGAAUCAUUCAGAUACAUUAAAAUCAACGAAUAUAUUUUUAUUAAUUACAAUAAGUAUAUUCAGUCUAUCAUUGUCAACCAUAUUGGAUGAAAUCACCAUAUCUGUAAUAAAUUAA